AUGCCAACAAUAUCAAAUACAAAAGUAACAUUAUAUCCAUCAUUAACAACAAUUUUAACACCAUCGACAAGUUCAACAGUAACAACGACCAUUAAUAAUAAUAAUAAUACGAAUACAUCACAAUUUCCUAAUUCAAUCUAUAAAUUAAAAUCAACAUUUUUAACUCGUUUUUAUUCAUCAUCAACAUUGAAUUCCUAUCGUCUUGAAAUAUGUCUCGCAUUUCUAUUAUGUAUUAGUUUACCAAUUAUUAUUAUAUUUUCUCUUAUAUUUCGAAAAAAUUUAAUUGAAUCACAAGAAUUAACAUUAUUUAAUACAACUACAACAACAUUUUCGAUGAUUAUACUUGAUAAAACAAAUGAUAAUUCAAAAACAUUUUUUCCAACUGAAUUAAAACAAAUUCAAUUAAAUGACUAUCCAAAUGCUCAAUGUAAUGAUGGAAGUCAAGCAACAUAUUAUUUAAGACAUCGUUAUUUUUUAUCAACAAAAAAAGGUCAACAUACAUUUAAUAUUCAUAUACAAUCGAGACGAUGGUUAAUUUUUUUAGAUGGUGGUUGGUAUUGUCAUGAUUUAUUAACAUGUGAAAAACGUCAAUUAAUUAAUCCUUUAUUAACAAGUUCAAAACAAUUAAAAAAUUAUCGUUAUGGUAGUGGUAUAUUAUCAUCAUCAUCAGAUGAAUCUGGAUUAUUUUUAAAUUAUAAUGUUGUCUAUAUUCCAUAUUGUUCAAGUGAUCUAUGGACAGGUACAAUGAAUAGAAGUAUUAAUAAUAAAAAUCAAAUACAAUUUUCUGGUUAUAAUAUUUUAAAAUCUGUUUUAUCCGAUUUAUAUGAAACAAAAGGUUUACAUCAUGCUAAACAAAUUUUAUUUUCGGGUACAAGUGCUGGUGGUCUAGGUGUUCUUAUUACAUUACCAAAUUUAUUAAAUGAUUUACCAUCAAUAUUAAAUCGAAAUCAAAUUGAUAUUCGAGCAAUUAUUGAUUCAGCUUGGUUCAUAGAACCAGAUAAUGAUUCAUAUGGUUCAGAUACCAUACAACUUGGAACGAAUUACUGGAAAGCAAAAUUACCAUUUAAAUGUAAUGAAAAAUAUGAAAAUAAACAGGAAAGAUGGAAAUGUUUUUUAGGUAAUGUUGCUUUAGAAUCAUUUGAACAAAAUAUUCAAUUAUUUAUUAUUCAAUCACUUACAGAUGAUACUCAACUAGUAGCAUCAAAAAAAUUGACUUCCUUAUCACAGUUGAUUAAUGAUGAUAACGAUAACGAUGAGAUCAAUGAUCGUACACGUUUAACAAACACUAUAACAAAUAAUUUUACAUUAAAAUUAAUUAAUUCAUUAAAAAAGCAAACACAUAUUCAUAUAUUUGCUACAAGUUGUCCAUUCCAUGGUCUAUUAUUACGUGCCGAUUGGCUAGACUUUAGUAUUAAUGAUAGAAAAUUAUCUCAAAUUUUAACCACUUGGUUAAGGACCACACCGCCAAAACGCUAUAUACAAUUAAUUGAUCAGUUAAGAAUGAGCUAUUGUCCAAUUACGGUGAAUUUGUAA